AUGGCUGGAGAAGGUGGAACAGUCCGGCAGCAGGCAGCAGAAGCGAUGAGGGACUCCAGACCCAACGCAGUACACUGCAGCCAAGUAUGAAAGAACACAAUUUUGACAGUAGUUCAAUCAAACAGAUUUGAUUCAGCUGUUAGCGAUGUGACCAACGGCCCGGGUGACACUGCUGUCGGCUGUUUCAAACACAUGACAAACAACUUGGGGGAUGUGAGGCACGCCAUGGCAUCUCAACCCAGCUUGUACAGUGAAGAAAGGAAACUCCUUCGCAUCCAAGCCUGGGAGCAGAGGAACCAGGAGAUCUGCCAGGAGCAGACGGGCCACGCUGAGAAUGUGCCGCUCUUUGGAAAACCCUACAAGACGAGCAAAUGGGAUGAGCUGUCUUGCCGUAUCCAAAAGAUGUUGGGUAGCUAUGAGGACGGGAAGGAUCCCGAUCUGAACUCUGGGAACUUUGUCAAGGACCUCUUGGGCAGCUCUUCUAACCAUGCGUCCAUCAUGGCGACGUUGAACCAACGGCAGCUGACGCCCGCCCACGCCUCCACCAAGCCUUCAUUCCACGGCGGCCCGCGCCCCGCGUCCACGAGCACGACCGCCGAGACGCUCGCCAGGACCCCGCACGGCGCCGGCGCCGCCCCCCGGCCCUCUCCGGGCUACCUCCAGGAGGUGGCCCGCGCCCGCCCCCGGUCCCCCGGGCAACGGGACGACGAGGAGGACCUCCUGGACAUGGAGUACGCCCGCCUCCCCGCGAUGCUGUCGACGCUGUCCCCGCUAGCGGAGAUGGAGUCCCCUCUACAUUCCAGCGACGGCGACCCCUUCGGUCGACCGCGGGACGCGGAUCGCCAGGGGGCCUUCGACCUCGGCGCCGAGUCCCCGCAGCGCUCCCUCGUCUCCCCCAUCAGGCCCAUGGAAACGCCGGAGCCCAAACCCCCCACCAAGGGCGGCCCGGCGGCCCCCCAGGCCUUCCCCCCGCCCCUGGCGUCCAAGGCGGCCGGCGUGGUGGUGACCAAGAAGCCCACUGCCUACGUGCGGCCCAUGGACGGGCAGGACCAGGUCAUCAUGGGGUCCCCCGAGCUGAAGCCCUCGCCGGAGCCCUACGAGCCCCUCUCUGACAAGAAGAACAACCACCACCCCCACCACCCCCACCCCCACCACCACCACAACAACAUCAACAACAACAACAACAACAACGCCGCCACCCUGUCAAAGAGCCUGCCCCGGACUCUAGAGCCGAGGCCUAAUGACGCCCAGUGUGUGGAAGACAUUCUGAGGGAGAUGACUCACUCCUGGCCUCCUCUCCUCACCACCAUCCAGACGCCCAGUGCCUCCCAAACCCCCAGGUCUCCCCCAGCAGCCAAGGUGGUCGAGCGUGUCCAAAUCAAACAUCCAGGUAAAGAACACUAUGAUUCCCCUCCAACAGAAUCUCCAGUUAGCAGCCAGCAGAGUUCUGCAUGCACGGUGGAAGCGGCCCAUUCCAGCGGCGUCGAGUCAGCCAGCUCCAGCGACUCCGAGAGCAGCUCGGCCUCCGAGUCCGAGAACGACUCGGCGAGGCGGCGGCCCCCCCAGCCCCCCCGCGGCAGCAGCCCCGCGGAGGUCAAGACCCCGGCGCCACACGGCGAUUGGCAGUUGGCGAACUGGAUCCGGUCGGGCCAGCAGAACACUGGAGGUGCCUCCCAGACCCCGCCCCACAAAGCACCGCCGCCCCCGCAGCCCUCCCAGCGCUCCUCAGGCCCCCGGGACGCGGCGGCGGCAGCGGCAGCGGCAGCAGCGGCGGCGGCCACCCAGCCCCCCAGGGACUACAAGCCUCAUGUCUCCUCUGACCAGGAGGGGUCGAGCCACAGCCAGGUCGCCAAGCCCCCGCAGUGUCGCGGCGUUCCCCUGAAGCACUCCGCCCCGGCCCGUGCCAAGGCCUCGGACGCCGCCGCCGCCGCCGCCGGCCGAGUGAAGCCCGCCUGCAAAAAGCACUCUGGCAAACCGGGCAGGACUCUGAGCCCCAAACCCCCCAAGGCCGCCCCCCAGGCGGAGACGACGCGGGCGGGGCCCGCCGAAGACAAGGGCUCCUCCCCCUGCCCCCCCCUGACCUUCACGUACAGGCCCAAGGUGAAGACGAAAACGAAGCGCAGCAGCGGCGGCGGCCCCAAGGCGGAGCGCGCCUCGCUCCCCAGGCAGGAGGACACGUCGACCUGCGUCCCCAAGGCGCCGCUCGCCGCCCCGCCCUGUCACUGCGGGAGGUCCCCCGACCGCUGCGUCUGCCCCGCCGCCCCCAGCCCCGGGGGGCCCGACCGGGCGCUCGCCGCCCCGUCGGCGGAGUCGAGCGGCGGCUGCGCCGGCGUCAAGAAGGAGCCCGCCAAGAGACCCCAGGGCGCAAAGAAGGCUCCCAAGACUGUGAAGCCGGAGGCCGUCCAGCCGCCGCCGGGCAAGCCGGCCACGGCCGCCGGGAGCCUGGUGCCGUCCCUGCUGGUGACGAUCGACCUGAGUCUGCUCUGUAGAGUGCCCUUCGUCUCGGCCGUAGCCCAGGAGACCACCACCACCACCACCACCACCACCACCUCCUCCACAUCCUCCUCCUCCUCCUCCAACAGCACCACCACCAUACCCGCCAACUCCGCCACUAACAACAGCACCACCACUCCGGGUACCUCCUCCACCUCGUCCUCCAGCAGGGGUAAGGGGGCGUCGGAGACGGGGGGCAAAGGAGGUGACCCGUCCAAGUGGGGUCCGACGAAGAACAAAAGGGGACCGGCUGAAAGCGAUAAGAACCCACCGAAGAAGAGGCAGAAAAUGGAGAAGAAGGCCAAAGUGGUGGAGCAGCUACCAGGUCGAGCCACGGUCAAGUCUGAAAGUUCUGUCAUCGUGGUGAAGGAGGAGAAACGGAAGACAGCCAAGAAGCGAGGGGGGCCCCCGAGCCAGCAGCAGCACUGUAGCGGGCCCAAAGACCACGGCACUGAUGCCCGACACGGCAAGGACGGCAACCCAAAGCACAAGAGCACCAAGAAACACAAGGAGCACGCCAAGACCGGGAAGAAGGGCCCUAAGAGCAUGCUGAGCGUCCAGGCGUCCGCUGAGCCCAGCAGGGGAGGCUCCAGCACCAGACCCAUGCUCCGCUUCGAGGACAGGCUUUAUCCAGUGAAACACUACAUUAAGGAGGCAAAGAAACUCAAGCACAAAGCGGACGCAGAGUCCGAUAAGGUCAGUAAAGCCUUUGGCUAUCUGGAGGCGGCCAUGUUCUUUGCCGAGAGCGGCGUCGCCAUGGAAACGGAGCUGGAGACCUCGAAGUCUCCGUACUCGAUGUACGAAGACACGGUGGAGCUCAUUAAAUUUACACUAAAACAGAAGAAUUCAGGGGACUCUUCCGCCCUCCCUUCAGAAAACGACUUCACAGUGUUAUGUUUGAAGUGCCAGUCCUUCCUGCAGAUGGCCAUGUUCCGAUGUAAACAAAAAGUCGCGUCAAAGUAUUCCAAGACCCUCAAGACCCACUUUAUGAACUGCAAGCCCUCCCUGGACGCUUCCCUCGGCAGUUCAAGAAGCGCGGACGCCGCGUCCCCCCGGUCCUUCGCGGCGUCCCCGGCCCUCGCGGCCCCCGGCAGCACCACCAGCUCCAGCAGUUCGGGCCCCGGCUCCAACCACAGCUGCGGGGGCGGGGAGGGUCCCGCCGCCGCCGCCGGCAGCGCCACCUCCAACACCGUGUCCAUCCCCAAGAUCAUCCACCACGUGGCCUUCUCCUACGUCAACAUCACGGCGCUGUUCGUCAGCGCCCACGACCUCUGGGAGAAGGCGGAGGCGCUGACGCACAAGAGCAGUGGCGUGCUGUCGGAGCUCAACGCCCACAUGGAGCCCCUGAGCCUGUCCUCCAGUGUGAAGGCCAUGGUGCAGUACACGCGGCAGGCGCUACACUGGCUGAGGCUGGACGCCCAGAGCCUCAAGUGACCAAGAGCCACAACCGCAGCCCCAACAACUGACAUUGUCCAGCAGAACCCCCCCCCCCCCCCCCACACACACACACACACACACACACACACGGACACACACACAGGUUGGUGUAAGCAGUGAGGAUCAAUCCCACCCACCCUGAAACCUGAUUAUCAGUGCCUGGGUUCUCAUCCCCUUGCGGAGGUCUUCCAGUGAUUUUUAUCUUUGGGGGCGAGGGGGGGUUUGGCACCCAUACAAAUAACUGGACGUGCACAGCAAUAAACCCCCCAGUGAAUACCAUGCUGUAAUCCUAGCCUUCCCAUUCCCCCAGUCUUCACAUCUCUGCUGUUCUCACAUCCUUUAUGACAUUUCCUUUCACCAGCUGGUCUUUCCAAUGCACUUCAACGUAAACGUCCCCGUUUCCAGAUCUAGAUUGACUAGACUAGCCCUGAAUGGUUUCAAAUCCUUACCCUUCCAGCUGCUGACGGUAGCUACUGAGGAGGUAGUCAAUUAGAAUCAUGAUGAUAAUACUACUAAUAAUAAUGAUAAUAAUGCAAAAUGGCUUGAUGCAAAUAGUCUUCAUGGCGGCUGGCUCUCUUCGUUUGAAGUGGCGACCCAGAGCUUCAUGGUAUUAUUCUUUUUCAUCAAGUAAUAUAUUGUUCUUGAAAUUAUUUUUAUAUAUUUUUUAUUUUGAUGAGGGAAACCGAAAAGGUCCGCCUGUGUCUCGUUGAGAGUCAUGAAGAACUAUGGGCUCCAUUCCUGAGCUGCAGCGACGUCCCACAUACAUUUAGAAUUGUGUUUUUAAAACAUUUCUUUUUUCCACCAUGUGAUACAGUGGAAUGCUUUAGUGAUGUUUGGUGUUAACUUAAAAAGGCCCUAACAGUUUAUGGCAAUCUAUCAUUAUUAUCUUUCUUAAUAUUUUCUUUUUGGAGAGAAAUUAAGAACUUCUAUUUUGUCCAAGGCUGUGUUUUUUUCAGUCGUUCAGAGAUUGAUUUGGUUUUGAAAUUAGUGUUCUGCAUUUUAUUUUUUCAAAGUCUGUUUCAUUUAGUACAGCUUUCAUCAAAAUGUGGCAUCAAUGUGUGGUAAGAGCUGCUCACUGGGCUCUUAAUGAAUUGUCCGGACCAGUAGGUAGCUUCUGAGUUCUUCUUAACCCCCCCCCCCCCCCCCCACCCCCAGUUACUUGGGACUCCACGUAACCAUGACUACAUGAACGAGCCAAAUAAAAUGUAAGGAAACUAGCUUCUAAAAAUAUGCUUCAGUUUCAAAAUUCUUGAGUCAUAGUGCAAAAAAAGAAAAGAAAAAGGGGGACAAA